UAUGUACUAAAGCUAAUUUAGGAUACGUAUUUCUGUCAAUCCUUAACCAUUCGACCGCCAAAGACGUCAUAUGACGCGCGCGGCUACAGCCCAAUAUCAACCUUCAUGCGUACUGACAAGGUUCACGAUUACACGCCGCGUACGAUACGCGUAGCGUUCAAAAGGUUAAUUUCAAUGUUCUGCAACCCUGAUGACAGGCUUUGACGGUGACAGUUCUUCGGUGCAAGUGACUCAUACAAAUCCACGUCUGUGACUGGGCACGGUCACGUAGGUACGGUCUAGAAUUAGUCCAAAACAUUCACACAAGUGGCUACCACGAGAAGUAAAAAAAUCCCCUCUAAUGGAUCUUAAUCUCAAACAAACUUAAUCUUUUUAUGUCUGACCCUUCGUGCAGGUUCAAAGAUUCUUUCCGUAUUGUUUGAGGACUUGGAAACUUCAGUUUGUAUAACUCUGAUUGUAAUUUAGAUAUGGAAGCUAGAAGCUUUUAAAUGUAAUUAAAAUUAGCCUUAGGUUAACCCCUUUUUUGUCAAGUCACUGAAAAAGGGUGCGUUAAUGGACCCGAGAUUUACGAGGUCGAAAGACGAUUUUUCUUAAAGUUGUAUACUUAAGUCGGUCUUAAUGGUAGGAACCUACCUACCAAUGGGACUUUUUAAGGAGAUACUCAUAGCUAGGUACAUAAUUGAAUUAAAAAGAAAUUGUACCUUAUACAAAGAAAUAAGAGCGAGCAGAAGUUUUACAUACAAAGCAUUUAAUUUUUAUCAUUCUAUUUUCUGUGUAUAACAAUUUAUUUAUUUAAACUUUAUUGCAUACAUUAACAUCGUGAGGAAACCGGACUAAUCCCAACAAGGCCUAAUUUUCCCUCUGGGUUGGAAGGUCAGAUGGUAGGAUGGUUUUUUUGAAAAACUAGUGCCUACGCCAAAUCUUGGGAUUAGUUGUCAAGCGGACCCCAGGCUCUCAUGAGUCGUGGCAAAAUGUCGGGACAAGAAAAAGAAGAAACUUUGUUGCAUAAAAGAACAGUUUAAUGUACAAUAGGCGAGCUUAAUUCCGUGUGCAUUUUCUACCUUAACCUUAAGGCAAAGCAGAAAAGAUUGUAGGCUUAACAAUUAUUAGGAACGAAAGCUACUGGCGUAGAUAAUAAUUAUGUUACGUCAAUAUUCAUGCGGAGUUUCAUUCAUUUAAGCAUGUCGCUUUAAAACGAGAGCAUAACUUUGAUUGUAUGGGAGCUUUUUGGCGGCAGGUUUCCGUGACUCUUAGCACGUAGGUCCACUCAUAUGCAUGGGUGGACCUACGUCUUCAGAGUCACGCGACAUGCUCUCAGUUAAGAGUGUUGCUGUUGUCAGUAUGUAGGUCUCAUUUUUUUUCCUUCAGGGUUGUGACGUGAGUUGGGAAAUAUCCAGGGGAAACCCAUGAUUAAAUCAUGAUUAUUUAUCUUUAAAUCUCUCAACCAUUUUUGUAUCUAUUAAUUUAGUUAUUACCUAAUUUAAAUUUUAAAUUAAUAAACUAUAUUGUAUUCAAGACAUUGUAAUAACGUUAAACUGAAUACAAAUAUAUGCAGUGUCCCAGGGUCAUCAUGCUGCAUCUGCUGCCGUGGUUCCUCCUCCUGACCCUGGUGGGGCACUCCCUGGCGCUGGUUGCUACCAACCUGCCCCGUUCAGUUACACUAAAAGGUAUGUGGUGUCUCCUCUGUGUUUGAUAACUUGGUGCCCCAAUAUCUAACAGAUGGCGUUAGUAGAGCCAUUCCAUGCAAAGAGCGCAACCGGUGCCAUUUAUUUCUUACAUCACGCUAACGAAGUUUCUAAUGUCAGUUGUAAUAAAUACAACUUCAGCCAACUCUAAUCAGCCCUCAUCUCUAUUGCCCCCUCUCUACUUUACUAUAGGUAUGUAAAAACAUUAGGGUACAUUAACUUAACUUCAGUGAGUACCUGGGAAAAUGACGUGAGGUAUUAAAUCUCAAGUCGUGUGGUGGUGGUCGUUGAGUCUCAGUCGUGAGUAGUAAGUGCAUGUGUUUAUGAAAAGAUAACAAAGAAGAAACGUAAGCAAAUGGCUAAUUCUAAUUAUUUUAUUAAGCUAUAUAUUGUGGGUACUAGACGAUAUAAAUAUUUAAAUACAUAGAAAACAUCCAUAACUAAGAAGCACAUAUUUGUGAUGAGCACACAAAUAAAUGCCCUUACCGGGAUUCGAACCUGGGACCUCCAGUUUCGUAGCAAAAUAGCGAGUAUUCUGAGCAAAAUGACAUUGGCAAUCCAAGAACGUAUCUAACAUGACCAAUGAUGGAAGUACAGAGAUUGGUUUGUUCAAUUGUGUUGUAGACGCAUUUAAAAAGUGGUGUAAGAGAAAGAUGGGUCCAUGUCAUAGUCAUGUUCCGUGGUAUCGUUAAAAGUCAUGUAGACCAACAAAUAUAACCUCGAGCAAUUAAUUAACGUGACUUUUCGUAGCAUCUGACUCAUUUGUUUUUUUCACAUCGCGAUACAUUGUCUUUUUUUCGUUUGGCGUUUUUCGGUGUACGAUUGUUAUGUUGAUUAAGCUUCAUGGGUGCGUAGACAAGAUGCCAAUUGUUUACGCUCCGUAGGGAAUGAUCUGCCAAUGUCACUGUCGCACUAAGUAUGGAAGAGUGAUAUAAAUACGCUACGUUAUGGAGCGUAAACUUGGCAUCUUGUCUACGCACCCAAGUCUCUUCAGGAAUGCAUUCGUAGACAAUAAGCUAAAACAUUACUUUCUUCCAGAUGGGCAGGAGUUUGACUACAUCGUUGUUGGCGCGGGCGCAGGUGGUAUACCGGCAGCGUCGCGGCUAGCUUUGGCUGGCUACGACGUGCUUCUCGUGGAAGCUGGAGAUGACCCCAAUCUGUUGAGUGAUAUCCCCGGAGGUGCCCAGGCUUUGCUCGGCACAAACAUAGACUGGCAAUACCCAACUAUACCCAAUAACGUGUCCUGCUUCUCUGCACGAGACAACAACGCGUGUCGCUUCAGCCGCGGCAAAUGCCUCGGCGGCUCCACAAGCAUCAAUUACAUGAUGUACACGCGAGGCAACCGACGGGAUUACGACGACCUCGGCAUCGAUGGCUGGGCUUGGAAAGACGUCGAACCAUACUUCCUUAAAUAUGAGGGUUUGCAAGAUUUGGAUAAGCUACCAUCUACUUCUAUUCCUUAUCACAAUACCAAUGGAACUAUGAAAGUAGGAUUUUUCACGGACUCCGAAAACUCGUGGCAUUCGAGAAUAAUUAAAAGUCUCCAGCUUCUAGAUAUCCCUUUCAAUCCCGAUGUAAAUGCUCAAUCGCAAAUUGGGGUGACUCAAGUGGUGGGGUAUGUGCAUAAAGGCGAACGUAUGAGCACUGCGCGUGGGUAUCUUACACGCAAAGACGUCAAGAAAGUGCUGAAAGUGGCGAAACGCACACGUUGCACCAGUGUCAUCCUGGAUGAGAACAAUAGUGCGACCGGAAUUACGGUCAUAACACAAAACAAACUCGAUUUGCUAGGAUUGGUCAAAAAGGAACUUAGUCUUUACGCAAGGAAAGAAGUAAUCCUGUCAGCGGGGGCUAUUGGUACUCCUCAGAUACUAAUGUUGUCCGGUAUAGGACACGCUGCCCAUUUGGAAAGCUUGGGCAUCCCCGUGCGCGUAGAUCUGCCUGUCGGCGAUAAUAUGAGUGACCACGUUUUACCACUGUGUGUAAUACAAGCUGACCCGGGUCUCGGUAUUCCCGUGCUGAAUCCCUUCGUAAUAGGAAUGAAAGGCGUGCAGGGUGUGCAGUGGCUGGCAACAAAAGAUGGACCCCUGGCCUCCAACGGCCUCACCGACGCCACCGCGCUGAUAAACACCAAAUGUUACGACUUUGAGCAGCGAAAGCUCACCCACAACAGCUCCGACUGCGAGCUCCCGUCACUACAAAUAAUUAACGCCUUCAUAGAUCGCAAUCUCUUGCAAAGCAUUGAGCUAAUCGUUCAAAACGCUAUCGGUUUGAAAUUAGAUGUCAUUCGUCAGUUCAGUACCGCCAACGUACACAAAGCCCUACUGGUUGUAUCACCUGUGGUACUACGACCGUAUUCCCGUGGCACUGUACGACUUAAGAGCACGGAUCCUACUGAUGAUCCUGCCAUAUUCCCAAAUUACCUAAGCGACGAAAGAGAUAUAGAGGAAAUGCUGCGUAGCAUUACGAUUCUAGAGCAUCUGGUUGAAACGCCGGAAUUUAAGGCGCAGCACGCGUCUCUUCUUCAUUUGAAGUUUGAUGGAUGUCCAGAGUAUGAAGAUGACCGCGAAGGAUACUGGAAGUGCUUCUGUAGACAUAUGACGUACUCGGUGUUCCACGCAGUGGGAACUGCGCGGCUAGGAGCUGUAUUAGAUGAACAGCUACGCGUGCGAGGAGUAGAUCGUCUGCGCGUGGCCGACCUAAGCGCGCUCCCUGAGCUACCGCGCGCCAACACCGCUGCUUCAGCUAUUGCCAUCGGCGAACGCGUCGCUGACUUCAUCCUGAAUGACAACUACUUAUAACAAGACUACGAACAACAAGCUCAAUACAAUUCUCUGAUCAAAACUGCCUUUUAAUUCUAGAAUUUUUUCAAUCCUUUAUAUC